GGCAGUUGGGGGGGCCGCUUCCAAUCUCCCAAUGCCGAGGCGGAGGAGAGGACGAAAGGCGAUGGCGUCGGUCGGAGGGAACCGGUCGCCCGGGGCCAAAGGCGGACAGCCCCAGCGCAGAAGGAUGCCGCGCCAGGCCAGGCAGUGGUGCCAGAUCGAGAGUUGCGAGAGUGGGCGGGGGCGUCCGCUGCGGGACGGCGAGAGCUGGUUCCUCGUGGAUCGGAGCUGGUACAAGCGGUGGGAGGUGUACGUCCAGGUGGAAGAGGAAGACCCCAGCAUCAUCCCUGGCUGCAUCAACAAUGACCAGCUCUUCGAAGACACUGUAAACUGGCACCUCAAGAAGGGACUGGUGGAAGGCGAAGACUAUGUGCUGCUUCCCACCACUGCCUGGAACCACCUGGUCAGCUGGUAUGGCCUAGAGCGUGGCCAGCCGCCCAUUGAGCGCAAGGUCGUGGAUUUCCGUGGCAGCUGUGAGGUCGAAGUGUACCCAGUAGAACUACUGCUUGCCCAGCACAGUGAUAUGGACACAGCUCACAGCGCUCAAUUCAGCCAGACAGACUCCCUGGACCGAGUUUUGCGAACCGCUCAAGACCAGUUCGUGGUGAGCCCCCAAGAAGAGACACGGCUUUGGAUAAAAAACGCAGAGGGCUCCUUUGAGAGGCUGUGUAACACACGUGUCACCUUGCGCGACACUAACGUCGAGUCUGGGCAGGUGGUUGUCAUGGAGACCCGAAGCAAGGAUGGCACCUGGCCCAGCCAACAGACACGCGUCGCGAGCAACGGGCCGAAGGAGGAGGAGGAACUCCAGGGCCAGCCGGGCAUCUGCGGUCUCACCAACCUGGGCAACACGUGCUUCAUGAACUCAGCGCUGCAGUGCCUGAGCAAUGUGCCCCAGCUCACCGAGUACUUCCUCAAGAACCGCUACCUGGAGGAGCUCAACUUCUGCAACCCGCUGGGCAUGAAGGGUGAGAUUGCCGAGGCCUACGCGGACCUGGUGAAGCAGGCUUGGUCCGGCCACCACCGCAACAUCGUGCCCAAUGUAUUCAAGACCAAGGUGGGUCACUUCGCCUCCCAGUUUCUUGGCUACCAACAACAUGACUCCCAGGAGCUGCUGUCAUUCCUGCUUGACGGGCUGCAUGAGGACCUCAAUCGCGUGAAGAAAAAAGAAUACGUGGAGCAGUGUGAUGCUGCUGGACGGCCUGACCAAGAAGUGGCCGUGGAGGCCUGGCAGAACCACAAGCGGCGGAACGAUUCUGUGAUUGUGGACACUUUCCACGGACUCUUCAAGUCCACGCUGGUGUGCCCCGAUUGUGGCAACGUGUCCGUGACCUUUGACCCCUUCUGCUACCUCAGUGUCCCCCUGCCUGUGAGCCACAAGCGGGUCAUGGAGGUCUUCUUUGUCUCCAUGGACCCCCGCCGCAAGCCAGAACAGCACCGCCUCGUGGUCCCCAAGAAAGGCAAGAUCUCCGAUCUGUGCAUGGCCCUGGCCAAGCACACUGGGGUCUCGCCAGAAAGGAUGAUGGUAGCUGACGUGUUCAGCCACCGCUUCUACAAGAUUUUCCAACUAGACGAGUCUUUGAGCACCAUCUUGGACCGGGACGAUAUUUUCAUCUACGAGGUGUCAGGCAGGUCUUCUAUCACGGAGAACACCAGGGAAGACGUCGUGAUCCCCGUGUACCUGCGAGAAAGGACCCCUGCCCGUGACUACAACAACUCUUACUAUGGCCUCAUGCUCUUCGGACACCCGCUCCUGGUGUCCGUGCCCCGGGACCGCCUGUCCUGGGACGCCCUGUACCACAUCCUGCUGUACCGCCUCUCCCGCUAUGUGACCAGACCCAGCUCUGACGAUGAGGAUGAUGGCGAAGACAAAGGUGAGGAAGGAGGCGAGAGGCUAGACAAGGAUGAAGAUAUGGAGGGUGGUAAGAACAUCCCCAAGUCCGGAAACAUGGCUGGCGGCAGCUCCCAAGACCCUGGGCCGGAUCAGGCUGGGCCCAGCUCUGGAGUCGCCAGUGGGAGCCGGGUCCCUGCGGCCAGCUCCCCUGGACCAUCUAACUGGCCCCAGAGAGCGCGGCGCAAGCACCUGUUCACCCUGCAAACGGUGAACUCCAACGGGACCAGCGACCGCUCCAACUUCAACGAGGACACUCAAGCCCAGCCCUAUAUCGCCAUCGACUGGGACCCAGAGAUGAAGAAGCGUUACUACGACGAGGUGGAAGCUGAGGGCUACGUCAAGCAUGACUGCGUGGGGUACGUGCUGAAGAAGGCUCCUGUGCGGCUCCAGGAGUGCAUUGAGCUCUUCACCACCAUGGAGACCCUGGAGAAGGAGAACCCUUGGUACUGCCCCAACUGCAAGCAACACCAGCUGGCCACCAAGAAGCUGGACCUGUGGACACUGCCUGAGACUCUCAUCAUACACCUGAAGCGCUUCUCCUACACCAAGUUCUCCCGAGAGAAGCUGGACACCCUUGUGGAGUUCCCUAUUCGGGACCUGGACUUCUCCGAGUUUGUCAUCAAGCCGCAGGACGAGUCGGCCCCAGAGCUGUACAAAUAUGAUCUUAUUGCUGUGUCCAACCAUUACGGCGGCCUGCGUGAUGGACACUACACAACAUUCGCCUGCAACAAGGACAGUGGGCAGUGGCACUACUUUGAUGACAACAGCGUCUCGCCUGUGACGGAGAAUCAGAUUGAGUCCAAGGCAGCCUACGUCCUCUUCUAUCAACGCCAGGAUGUGGCGCGUCGUCUGCGAACCAAGCCCCAGCCUGGCCAAUCUGACCCGCCAGCACCUGCCUGUGACCCCCUUCCUGAGUCCAUGGAUAUAAACUGAACCACCUCGGCCUACGGCAGGAAAGGAAGCUCUCUCUGCUCUCUUCCUUCCCCCUCCGCUCCUGUCCUCCUCACCGUGUAGGUGCCCCGUGCAGGCAUCGCAGGCUUAGUGUGGCUACUGUUCUCUCGUGCCGCCGUAUCGCUCUUUCCGGGGGGGAAGAGGUUGUGUGUCCUCCCAGCAGUGUGUCCCUGCCUGUGCUUGCCCCUUAGAGCAUUAGCCUUCCCAUCGCUCCUGUAUUUAUGGUGGUUCCCUCUCCUGUGUCGUUCCUCUAGGCGUGUACGGAAGGGGGGUGGUGGCACACCUCAGCACAGAGUGUAUUUUCUUAUUGAGACCCUGUACUUCGCGCUGUGUACAUAUAAAGUGCCCGUGUGUCCCUCGGCA